GAACAUGCCAUCCUGUAUUUGAUUGUGCAACAUGCUUGAUCACCAGAAAUUCGAGAAGCUCAAGUUAAACGACAAGGCAGUGUUUUCCAAGCCAGUGCGCCGUCGGCAGCGGCAAACUCUUUCUUGUCUUCCCUGUCGCCGGCUUAAAGUGAAAUGUGAUCGUGGCCACCCUUGUCGCCAUUGUGUAUGGAGCGACAGGGCCGCGAGCUGUCAAUAUGCGCCGUUUCCAACCGCGCAGGCGAACAGUAUAAAUUCGUCGGACGAGGAUCAGACUGGCAAAUCAAGCCUAUCGCCUCAAGCACCAAUUGACAGAGCGAAGCCUGCGCUCUUGUUACCCAAGACCGAGCCUGAUCUUUUCGACUCAUCUCCGGCGGCGACAACAUCAUCGUCCAAAAGUGAAGAGUCUGUCAAGUCGAUUUAUGAUCCGUAUAAUAGUUGGAACUCCAAAUUCCGAGGGUCAACCCACUGGCUCACUGUUUCACGACAAAUUCAAUAUGGGCACAAAUCUAUGAGCGGCAACCCACUUUACGACGUUCUGGAAGAUGUUUUUAAUAAGAUUACAAACAACUUCACUUCCUCCAUAUUUCCCUCUAAUUAUCCCUUUGGAUGUGGAUAUCAGGAGCAGUUUCCGAGUAAGAGAGAGGUUCUAACUUACAUACCGGACCGCCCGACAAUCAUGUUCUUGAUCGACGUUUAUAUGAAUACGAUAGAGAGGACUCAUCCAAUGCUGCACCCGCCAACUUUCUAUAAAGAACUAGACAACUUUUGGGAGGAUCCAGCAGCGGUAGAGGACGAAUGGUUAGCACAGUUCCUUGUGAUGCUCGGUAUGAGCCAUCAUAUGUCGCGGGGUGUCAACAUAACGCCGGAUGAAGAGGCAACUUUGAAACAGUACUUUCGCGGCGCCGAGACAUGUCUAAAAAGUACGAUAUUCCUCAUAGCGCCCAAUCUUACGUCGUUGCGGACGCUAAGUAUGAUGGUCCUUGCUAGACGUAUUCUUGCGUCCAGCUGCCUCGAACUUGAUGCUUGCGGCCCUCUUUCAGCCAUUGUUAUGAGAAUGGCUAUUGGCAUCGGCCUACAUGUGGACCCUCAGAAUGACGUUAGUGACAGCACAUCGCUCUUUGACAGAGAAAUACGCAAAAAGUUAUGGUCAACGAUUGCGAUGAUGUGUACUAACAUAUCGGUUCUGACUGGAACUCCAUUUGCACUUCGGUCGUCACAUAUGAAUACUCAGCCGCCUUUGAACUUGAACGAUAUAGAUUUGAGUCCAUCUCUUCUAGCUUACCCCAUCCCACGACCUCUAGAGGAGUUUACGGACUCCACUUUCUUGAUUAUCGUUGCAAAUUCGUUUCAACUGGCUUUUGAUACGGUGGCUCAUGCAAACUCGCCAACCACGUAUCUCCCGUAUGAGGAUGUUCUCAUAUACAACGUCAAAAUCAAGAAUUUACUCUUGGAAGCAACUCAGUUGUACCAUCAGUCCUCCCCGGUACCUCUCGAGGACUGGAAGCAGGAUCAACUAUUCAUGCUGCAGGUUUACCUUCGCCGCCUUCUACUGGCCCUUCACUCGGUCUACGGCCUACAACCGAAUGCUGAUGUUGAAUAUCCGGUAUCAUACUGGGCUACUUUAGAAUCCGCUCUAGCUCUACUGGUCAUCCAGAGGCAGCUAUCAGAGGAUCUGAACAGUCCCCCCGGCCGAGUAUGGCUAGGCGAAUAUUACAAACACGACUUUUACGCAGCGACAUUAACAAUAUGCCUGAUAAUGACCCGCAACGAUGCCGUGGCCAUGGACAUUAAUUCUAACGGACCAUCUCAGACCAACCUUGAGAUCCCACGAGAAACCAUUCUCCAGACAUUAAUAUGUUGUCGCGAUAUCUGGGCUCGUCGCAUCUGUCAGACGUACUGCCAUUUCUUAUCGUAUAUGAACCUUGGAACCAUUAUUGCGAGCAUAAUGACUCCGAGGGGGAAGAAUAUUCACUCUACCGAGGUGUAUAAGUCAAGCCUCCGCGAAAGUCUUCGUAUGUUGAAGAACUGUCCGUGUGGGAAGUGUGCGACUGAUUCGACUAGUGUGAAGGGAUCAUUUUUGAAUCAUCCUGAAUAUCUGGCGGUUUAGUUGGGAAUGGCGAUUAGAUGAUAUAUAUAUAUAUAUACGGAUGUAACGAUAGAGAUACCACUAAUGACAAUCUAGCUCUUCAUAC